UGGCAUUGUGGUUACUGCGCACCGAUGUAGUUGUUGUAGUAUAAGAUUGUUCGGUUUGUUAGGGAAACGUAAAAUGUCGGCGCCCGAUGAGGAUGUAUUUUAUUGUUAUGAAUAAUCUAUUAUUACCAUAUUCGAAUUCUUCACUUAAAAGUAUAUAAGUUUCAGACAUCAGGAGGAAAGCUGAGAUUAUUCGUACGUGGAUUUCUUUAUAGCUUUGUGUGUGAGAGGACAGUGAGGUGGCUGUGAUGUUGGUGCUUGGUACAUCAUUCUGUGUUCCUGCAUUGUUGCCAUGUCCUAUACUGAAUUGGAGCAUGGCUACCAGGGCCUCCGCAGAGCACGUCCUGCCUUCUAUAUUGGUGUUGAUGGCAAUGGUUGCCCAGCUGUGAGGGCAGCCAAGAACAGAGGCGACCUGACAGAGUUAGGAGAUGAUGAUCUGGUUGCAGGAGAGGAGGGGAAGCAGGUGGUGGUGGGGGUGUGUGCCAUGGCCAAGAAGUCGCAGUCAAAGCCAAUGCGAGAGAUCCUGAUGCGCCUGGAGGAGUUUGAGUAUCUGAAGAUGGUGGUGUUUCCAGAGGAGGUUAUCUUAAAGAAGCCAGUGGAGGAAUGGCCAAUCUGCGACUGUCUCAUCUCAUUCCACUCAAAGGGCUUCCCACUGGACAAGGCCAUCCAAUAUGCCAAUCUUCACAACCCAUUCAUCAUCAACAAUCUCCAUAUGCAGUAUGAUAUUCAGGACCGCCGCAAGGUGUACUCAAUCCUGGAGGGUGAGGGAAUUGAGAUCCCUCGCUAUGCUGUGCUUGACCGGGAUUCCCCCAAUCCAAAACAUCAUGAGCUGGUGGAGUCAGAAGAUCAUGUGGAAGUAAAUGGUGUUGUGUUCAACAAACCUUUUGUGGAGAAGCCAGUCUCAGCUGAGGAUCAUAAUAUCUACAUCUACUACCCAACAUCUGCUGGAGGGGGCAGCCAGAGAUUGUUCCGUAAGAUAGGCAGUCGAAGCAGUGUGUACUCCCCAGAGUCACGUGUCCGCAAGACAGGCUCAUUCAUCUAUGAAGACUUCAUGCCCACUGAUGGAACUGAUGUCAAGGUGUACACAGUGGGACCUGACUAUGCCCAUGCUGAGGCCCGUAAGUCACCUGCUCUGGAUGGAAAGGUGGAGCGGGACAGUGAAGGGAAAGAGAUCCGCUACCCAGUGAUACUCAGCAAUGAUGAGAAACUCAUCUCCAGAAAGGUGUGCCUUGCCUUCAAGCAGACUGUAUGUGGCUUUGAUCUGCUUCGGGCAAAUGGAAAGUCAUUUGUAUGUGACGUGAAUGGGUUCAGCUUUGUGAAGAACUCAAACAAAUACUAUGAUGAUUGUGCCAAGAUCCUGGGAAAUAUGAUACUCCGAGAACUUGCACCCACAUUACACAUUCCAUGGUCUGUACCCUUUCAACUGGAUGACCCACCGAUCGUGCCCACAACAUUUGGAAAGAUGAUGGAACUGCGGUGUGUGGUGGCUGUUAUUCGUCAUGGUGACCGGACUCCAAAACAGAAGAUGAAAGUAGAAGUCCGACACCAAAAGUUCUUUGAGAUCUUUGAGAAAUAUGAUGGAUACAAAGAUGGUCACGUGAAGCUGAAGCGACCAAAGCAGUUGCAGGAAAUCCUUGACAUAGCACGUUCGCUGUUGAAUGAGAUACAGCACCGAGCAGCUGACCCUGAGAUAGAGGAGAAGCAAGGCAAGCUAGAGCAGCUGAAGAGUGUCCUGGAGAUGUACGGGCAUUUCUCAGGCAUUAAUCGCAAGGUGCAGAUGAAAUAUCAGCCAAAGGGCCGACCCCGUGGCUCCAGCUCUGAUGAUGGUAAAGGUUUUAAUGCUCCCAAAGAGCCAUCAUUGGUGCUGAUCCUCAAAUGGGGUGGAGAACUCACGCCUGCGGGACGUAUACAAGCAGAAGAACUGGGGCGCAUCUUCCGAUGCAUGUACCCAGGUGGCCAAGGUAGACACCUCAGUGGUGAAUACGCUGGUACACAAGGCCUGGGCCUUCUUCGCCUUCACUCUACGUUUCGCCAUGAUCUUAAAAUAUAUGCAUCAGAUGAAGGUCGUGUCCAAAUGACAGCUGCAGCAUUUGCAAAGGGACUGCUCGCUUUGGAGGGAGAGCUGACGCCAAUCCUGGUGCAAAUGGUGAAGUCAGCCAACACAAAUGGACUCCUGGAUAAUGACUGUGAUUCCAGCAAGUACCAAAACAUGGCAAAGUCUCGCCUGCAUGAAUUGAUGCAACAGGAUAGAGAUUUCACAGCAGAGGACCGUGAAAAGAUCAAUCCUGGAAAUGCACUGAGCAUUUCCACUGCAUUAGACUUUGUUAAGAAUCCAGUGAAAUGCUGUGAGCAUGUGCAGGACCUAAUUCAACGUCUGAUGGAUAUUGUGCGAAUCAAGAAGGAUGAUCCCAAGACCAAAGAUGCUGUUUUGUAUCAUGGGGAAACGUGGGAAUUGAUGGGAAGACGCUGGGGCAAGAUUGAGAAGGAUUUCUGCACAAAGAACAAAACUUUUGACAUCUCCAAGAUCCCUGACAUCUAUGACUGCAUAAAGUAUGACCUGCAGCACAACCAGCACACACUACAGUUUGAACAAGCUGAAGAGUUAUAUAUUAAUGCCAAAUAUUUGGCCGACAUUGUCAUCCCACAGGAGUAUGGGCUUACGGUGCAGGAGAAGUUGACAAUUGGACAGGGAAUCUGUACACCAUUGCUGAAGAAGAUACGUGCUGACCUGCAGCGCAACAUUGAGGAGUCUGGAGAGGAGACUGUCAACAGAUUGAAUCCACGUUAUUCACAUGGCGUAUCAAGCCCAGGACGACAUGUGCGGACACGCCUGUAUUUCACCAGUGAAAGUCAUGUUCACUCACUUCUUACUGUGCUGCGCUAUGGUGGUCUACUUGAUGUGCAGAAAGAUGAGCAAUGGCGCAGAGCAAUGGAAUAUGUAAGCAUGGUGUCAGAACUCAACUAUAUGUCACAGAUCGUCGUCAUGUUGUAUGAGGACCCCACCAAGGACCCUUGCUCUGAAGAAAGGUUUCAUGUGGAACUUCACUUCAGUCCUGGGGUCAACUGCUGUGUUCAGAAGAACUUACCUCCAGGUCCUGGCUUCAGGCCACACAGUCGCAAUGAGUCUGUAGGCUCCAAGACUGUGUCUGAGGCAGGAGGGGGCAGUGAAGAGGGCACAUCUUCAGGUGGGGCACAGUGUGAAGGCAGUGAGAAGGGUUCUAGUCGUAUCGAUGAGGAGGAGACAGAGUUAAACCUGCUGGAUGAUGAGACCAGCUCCAUGCACACUAAAGCUGAUUAUACUCGGGGGCAAUCUGGAUCGCCUGCCCCUUCAGAUGAGUCACCCCCAUCGGAGAAGCCAGAGGUGCAGCAGCAGGGAGCCCGUCUUGCAUCAGAACCGAUCCCUAUAAGGGCAUCUCCAGCCCAUGACCCACUGGACCUGGCAUCUGGAUUGUCAGCUGAGCUGGUGUCCCAGCAUUCCCAGCGCAGUCUCUCCUACACAGGUGCCCGGCCUGUCAGCCCAGAGACAGAGCCCAGGUCACGCAGUUUUGACCACCAGCGAGAGGAGUCAGUGGUAGAUAAAGAUCCCUGUCACCUGUGUGUGCCAUCCCCAUGUACGUUGUGUCACGUGUCAGCUGUACCGCUCAUUCACUCUCAUUCCAGUCCUAGCUUUCCCUCACCAAGCCAUUCUCCGUCACGCUCCCAUUCUCUUACUCCGCCACCAGUCCCUAACACUCUUGCUACAGACCAGGGUCCAGCUGGUACCACCAUGGUGGUAAUGGGUGGGCGGCGCCACCGCCACAGUAUCUCGGGCCAGAUGAGCUACUUUAAGAUGUUGGGGUUUGGCCCUAUGGUGGCAAUGGGAGUUGGUAAGAAGAUAUCUGGCGCUGGAGCAGGUGGAUCAACUAGCAGCCUGUUUAGUACUGCUGUCAUCAGUGGAUCAUCCAGUGCACCUAACCUGCGAGACAUGAUUCCAAACUCUGCUUCUGUCUCAGCAAUCGAAGGAUGUGGAGGUGUGCCUCCUAUCAGGCCCCUAGAGACCCUGCACAAUGCACUGUCAUUGAGGCAGCUUGACUCAUUCCUGGAUGUCAUGACAUCUGCCCCACUGUUCCGAACACCAGCGUCAUCGCCUCCGAAGAAUCCAUCAACACCUCUACCAUCAACUGCAUCUGUGCCACCUCCUCCACUCCAUCUGCAAUCUCCCAGCAGCAGUCUUGUGUGGAGUGGGCCUCCUUCUUUUGUGUCCAGCAGUGGACCAUCUUCUCCAAAUGGGACAUCUGAUAUCUUCUCAUUGCGUGGAGGUGGGGGAACUGCAGGAACUUCAGAGAGCAGUGAGAUGUCACUGUCAGCCAGUCUCAUCAGUAAUGAUGGGUAUGGUGAGCUGACAGCCACCCUGGCCAACAUCUUCCCAACAUUUCUUGACCAGGACCUAAGCAAUGUGGGUAUCCUCCUCGAGAGCAGCACUGAUUUCUACCCACAGCCUAAGGAGGCGGAACCAAGACAAUUUGUUGUGCCUGAGAAUGGAGCGCUCCUUCAGUUCUCAGCCACUGGUGGUGACAGUGGUGAUAUUACUCCUGUGUCUGUGUCAGCCAGUUCUGAGUUUGACUUCGCGUCUGCAGCCGAGGGUGCACCCUGCUACAUUGGAGAGACAGAGCCAGCUGCUAGUAUUGGUGUGGAUAUUACAGACAUGAGUAGAAAAGACAGUGAGGCCCUGCAGGAGGACAAUGGCAGUUCAGGCCGGUCACCACUGCUAGCCAGGAGUGUGGAGAGUCUUGGCAGGAAGGAGGCCUCCAAGCUGGUGGGAGAGUGGGUGCUGGAGAGCUCUGCUACAUUGGCAGCAGACAUGCUGGUGAUGGUUGAGCCUGCGGAAGAAGAAGAGAGGACCAUCACCUCCUCCAUGACUGCAACCUCUCCCGCCCACAAAACCAUCUUUCAGGUAUUUGGAAGCCCUGUGUCCAGGUAUCAGUCCAGCAAGACAACACUGGUGAGUCCAACUCCAAACCAGUGUGUGGUAAUGCCCAUAAAGGAAGACAGCCUAGAGAUGGUGGAGGGGGGAGGGACGCAACAUAGUCCCAUCAGCAUCAGCAGGGAGUACCGCCUGUCAUCGCCACUUACCUCCACUGCAAGGGAAAGCAAACUGGAAUCAACAAGAAGUCCAGGCCACCUCAGUCCCACACCAACAUCCUCCAGCCCAGCACCUUCCAGCUGCUCUUCAUCAUCAUCACCUUUGAGGAAUCCCUCAGACAGACAAAAACUGCGGGAACCAAAACGUCCCUUGGUGUCCAGCUUCACAAAAGAGUACAAACUCUACACUUCUAGCAUAACCACCGGCAGGUCCUCUCAGUCAGAUUCUGGUGGAAGUACAGAAGGUUCCUACAAGUCCAUCAAAGACACAGAAUCUGUGGGCAGAACUCCAUGCAGUUUCUCCUGCUUUGGAGAAGAUACUUCAACAGCACUUGCAGCAGGUUUGGCAGAGGAAGGCUUUGGUUCGCUGAGUAGACAAAGGUUCAGUAAUGAGGAUGAUGUGAACUCAGAGGAACUGUUUGAAGGAACAGCCCCUGCCCUGACUCUUGCCAGCAGCUUCACAGAUUGUUCCUCCAUAUCCAGGGGUUUCAACAUUGUGAAGGAUGAAGACAAGUAGCAGAAAGUCUAGUUUAAGUUCACCAACCCUUGUAUCUUACAAACUGCAGGAUGUGCCACUAUCCUCAUUUGUACAUCCUAUGUAUAGUUGCUGUCCACAUAUCCUGUCAUUGAGGUCUAUUAUGCAUGAAGGAGAUAAGCUUAUUGGAUGAACAGGAUCCCAGGUACACUUCAGUAGCAUAUUAUUCAGGAAUUGAAUAGAACAGUCUCUCAUAUUAAUGUCUGAUGUCAUGAGAAAGGAUUACUGAGUUAUGUUAGAUGCCAGGAGUUGCCUCCCUCCUUCAGAUAUUUGACACAUUCACUCCUGUAUCCAAGGUUAGUCAUGUACUGGUGCUUUGUCCAAACUACCAUAUCUGAUGAAGCCUGGAUGGUAACAUGAAAUGACAUAACAAAAUACACUUCAAGCACAUAGUUCAUUCUCUGUGUCGAGAUGAUCCCUUGACCAUAUGUAGAGCGUUUGCUACCAUUUGUGUCAAUUCAUUUUUUACAGUCUCACCUGCAACCCUAUAUUCUAUAAAAUUUAUUAAAAGUUAUUCACUUUAAAAGUUCAAAAGCCCAUCACUACAAGUUUUGACCAAUGUGAUCAUCAUCAGAUGUUAAAAUUUUUGGCGAGGAAAUUGCUGUCUUCUGUAGUUGCUUAUGUUGUUAAAUAUAUAAGUCCUCAUGAUGCACAUGUGUGUUUGAGUUGGUGGGUUUUGUUCUCUCAUAUUGUGUGAUGUUCUGCGUGUCUUGUUCUCGAAUGCUUCUUUAUCACAAAGUAAGGCAAACUGCUACUGUACCAUAAUGUGCAGGUAAGCAGGCAAGCCAGCAGCGUAGGUGCAGGGAUGGAUGUGUUAAGUGGCAGUAGUUAUCUUGUGUAUAGAUUGGAGUCUGUAUACCUAGUUGACCAUAUAUUCACUGUAAAUAUGUCUUGACAUUAAUUGAUACAUGUUCUCACAUUCUCAUCCACAUAGUACAUGUGUGAUUUGUUUGAUGCUGUAUGUAGGCAAGAUUAGAUUCUGAAGCUGGAUUUAAAUGAUAACUGCAUAAUGAUCUCACCAGCUCACUGAAGAGACAGACAUACUAAGAAGGCUGUGAUAAUAAUAAAAAUGAUUCCUAUUCUAUGGCUUAUUGCUGGUGGCUAGAAUUACAGUCCUGUACUUCAUGGUAAUAUGGGAAAUGCACUGGUGAACAGCAGAUCUUGUGUUACUUUACAUUGAACUGAGUUUAGAGACCACCUUUUGCAUGGUUUGUGUAUCUUUUAGCCAUGCUUUUUUAUAUUGCUGUCAUAUUCCAGUCCCUCUAUGAGCCUUGACAUGUGCUGUAUUUCUGCAGCACACACUGAUCACUGUUCACAGAUGGUUCAAAUGUGACAGCACAUGUUUCAUUCUUCAGCUGUUUAUGAUUUGUAGGGAUUCCAUUUACAAUUAUAAAAAUGAUUGCAGUUAUAAAACAUCUGUAUGCGUUAAUAUGGUUAGGCACAACAAAUUUUGAACUCUUCUGUUACUUCUCAAGAAGGAGUGAUUGCAUUGUAGGCUCAGGAUGAUAACAUCAUGAACACUUUCAGAUCUUGAGCGAAAGUAUGCUAGACUGUGGAAGUUUUCCUUUGUAGAUCUAUGUUUUUGCAUGAACAAUAUAUUUAAAGGGGAAAAAAAGGAAGUGAUAUAUGAAGGAAAAUUUAACAUCUUAAAAUUUGUUAUAUAUGUGGGUGAGGGAUGUUUUUAAGCCCAGUGAUGAGGAACCUAUGCUGAAGGUUCAAGUGAAGCUGAGACAUUUCAUUCCAGUUCACUUGCUUACAUAUCAUUUUGAAAGUUCUGCAGUGUUAAAAUCUUCACAAACAGUAAGUGUCAGAGUUGGGCAUGAAAGAAGGGGCAUGCAGUACUGUAUUAAGCUGAGAAUUUCAUAUUCAUGCUCAUCUGCUUUGGCUGUAUCUGUAGACUUACUGAUACCAUCUGAAUUGAACUUCUUGCUGUCGUAGUGGUGGGCCCAUUAUUAAUGUCUCAUGUAGAAUAUGUCCUCUAUAGUACCAGAGUUUUCAGGAGUCACUGAAUUGAAUGAACACAUAAUUCAUACUGUGGUCUUCUGGGUUAUGAUAUUAUUCUAUAGUCAAGUAGGUGGUUAGGUGAAACCCGCAGAUCAUAUAUAUGAAUUGUUUCUGAAUCGGUUAAGACUCAGUAACAGGGAAGUGCAGUGUUGUGUUGCAGGCCUAUAAUGAACAAUGUAACUGGUGUAACCCACAUAGAAUAGCCAGUGUACCUGAACAGUGGUGUGCAAUCAUGUGUGAUAUUCUUGUGAUAUAAGUUGUCAUUAAUUGUGUUACAUAAACAAGAAGGUACGACAAUUAUAGCAUGUAAGGUCCUGAUCUACAACGAGAAUGAUGGUGGAAUGUUCUGAAUUGUGUUUUUGUUUCAUACCAUAGUUAUUAUCCCUCACAACUGACUACAAAUCUCACUUAUUCCCAUUCCUUCCCAAAACAGGUUCCUCCAUAGUUCCUAUGACAAAAGAGUGCAGUGGAAACUUCUGCUUCCUCAUAAAGUGACUCAGAUUCAGCUUGGUAAGAUUAUACCGUGGCCUUUUUGUGUAUGCAGUUUGAGCAAAUUUUCUAUGUACUUACAUAAAACUUGGUAAAGAGUCAACAAUAUAUAUGGAGGACAACACAUAAAGAGGUAGAGAACUAAUGAAAUAAAUCUGUUGUUUGUUGCUUAUA